GGAAAAUCCCAGUGAAGUCAAAGUUUAUCAAGUGAUUGCCCUAAUUUCCCAGAUUAUUUAUCCAAAUGGGGUUCCAUCAUUAUUAUUAUUAUAAAUAAUAAACGGCUUGCGUGCAAUUUCAGCGUGAGAAAGCAGAAAGCUUUUUGAGGAAGAGUGAAUAUUGAAUGGCAGGGUCAACAGGGUUUCAGGUUCAGAAAUCAGAGGAGGAAUGGAGGGCCAUUCUCUCCCCUGAGCAGUUCAGGAUCCUACGCCAGAAAGGAACUGAAUUGAAGGGUACUGGAGAAUAUAACAAGUUCUAUGAAGAAGGGAUCUACAACUGUGCUGGGUGUGCAACUCCUCUUUACAAGUCUUCCACUAAAUUUGACUCUGGUUGUGGUUGGCCUGCUUUCUUUGAGGGUUUACCUGGUGCCAUCAAUCGCUCACCGGACCCAGAUGGGAGGAGGACUGAGAUAACUUGUGCAGCAUGUGGUGGCCAUUUGGGUCAUGUUUUCAAAGGAGAGGGGUUCAAGACACCCACUGAUGAACGCCAUUGUGUUAAUAGUGUUUCCGUUAAGUUUAUUCCAUCUAAUUCUACUGCUUAACCAUUAUGGCCUGUGUUGAAAAUUGAGGCACUAAUAAAAUCCCUUUCUCUUUCUUUGCAAAAUC